AACAAUUAUCUUACCUUAUCAGCCUGUUAGUCAUUAUCACAGGAGCCUUGAAGCAGCAAAUAAUGGCAAGGGCCGCAUCUUUGAAACGCGAUUUAAGCUUUGAAGAAGCAUGGACCCUUUUGCAGGAAGAAGCCAUUAACAAGCUAAUUGACAAUCUGGAAGGAGUUCAGAAACACGAGUUGAGUUCUGAAGAGUAUAUGCGGUUCUACACAAUAGUGUACAAUGUAUGUGCCCCCGAUCAGGUCGGUCCAAAAGCUCGGAAAAUGUAUGAUCAUUAUAAAAAGACUUUUGAAGACUACAUCUCUUCCAAGGUGUUGCCAUCUCUAAGGGGAAAGAAAGACGAGUCUUUGUUACGAGAAUUGUUGAGAAGAUGGAAUAAUCACACGACUAUGGUCCGAUGGCUUUCAAGGUUCUUUUAUUACCUCGAAAGAUACUUCAUUGUUAGGAAGAAGCUACCUUCACUUGAAAGAACAAGCCAUUUGGCAUUCUAUAAUCUGGUUUACACGGAAAUAAACUAUCUAGUUAGAGAUGCCGUAAUAUCCUUGAUUGAUAGGGAACGAGAGGGAGAACAGAUUGAUCAGGCCACGGUGAAGUCAGUUCCGGAUAUUUACGUUGAGAUGGGCAAGAACACAACGAAGAAGAUUUCAAAGAGUCGAUGAUCAAAGCCACAGCUACGUUCUAUUUUCGAAAGGCCUUGAACUGGAUUGAAAACAAGCCCUACGAGAAUUACAUGCUUAAGGUUGAGGAAUGCUUACAACAGGAGAAAGCCAGAAUUUCAAGUUACUUGAUUUGCACAAGUGAAUCCAAAUUAAUAGAGGUUGUGCAACAUGAACUGCUUACUGUACAUGCAAGCAAGCUAGAAGAGAAAAAAAAUCUUUCUAUAGCAGCUGCUUAAACUGAUAAAUUUGGGUAAACUAUUCAUAUGAUUUUGUAUUCUUAAUUAUUGAAGAAUUAAAGAUGAAUAAGUCAUAUGCAUUGACACUUUUCUGUAUGGAAUAAGCACCAGGCUGCUGCGGUAUUUCUAUUUGGUAUA